GCUCGGUCAGUGUUUUCUAAAAGAGCCUCUGUAAUCAGCCUGUUUGUUUUACCAGUUUUGUAUGUGAGGAAGCAGCAUAAAAAUCUGUGUCAGCCUCUUCCUGAAAGAGGCUGUGGGAAGAAGGAAGGGUUGGCAGGCAGAUGGAAUAUUUGUCAGAUGGAGAGAAGGUAAUCCAGGGGUGAAAAGCAUGCCACUGGAGGAGGUUACCUGACUGUAGCUCCACUGAAAUCCUCUGUGGCUUGGAGAAUUGAGGAAUGCCUGCUUUUAGGAAGGCCGAGGGCUCCUUGUGCCCUAAGGUCGUGACAGUCAUGGUUCCUAACUGCUGACGGUGCUUAAUCUGAAUUAAACCUCUGGAGUAGGUGUCUGCAUGACUGCGGGUAUUGGUGGAACCUUGUUUUGGUGGAUUCUUGGUUUGGUAGCCAGUUCAAGGACUAGUUGUGGAUGCUGUACUGUCUGUUCAUCUGUGUGUCAGAGCUGGUGAUGUCUGGUGGUGAUGCUGACACAGAUGCCAGCACAGUCCUAGCUCCACAGCUAGAGAGCUGCUUGCUUGUUGAUCUGAACCCUUUUGUGGACAUCUGGUUUCCGUCACAAAAUAAACAAUGGGGAUUUUAUUCUUGUCCUUAAACUGAAGGAGAGGAUACUGGCAGGAGGAGGUUCUUCAUGGCUGUUUCAUGCUUUGCAGAAAAUGAUCUGAAGGUGAGCUGGACGGUGCCCGCCGGAACUAAAUCUGUCUGAAAAAAAAUCUUCCUCCACCCAAAGGCCUGUUUGUCAUCAAAAGGGAACCUCCACAACGGCCGAACUCUGCAAGUGAUGGGCUCGGAGAACAGCGCUUUAAAGAGCUACACACUAGAAGAGCCACCGUUCGCACUGCCAACUGGACACACAAUUUACCCGGCUGUGCUGCAAGAUGGCAAACUUGCUUCGGUCUUUGUGUACAAGCGAGAGAAUGAAGAUAAGGUUAAUAAAGCUGCCAAGCACCUGAAAACCUUGCGCCACCCUUGCCUUCUGCGCUUCCUCUCUUGUACUGUGGAAGCAAAUGGAAUCCACCUGGUUACAGAACGUGUGAAGCCUUUGGAGAUGGUUCUGGAGGUGCUCUCUUCUGCAGAAAUCUGCGCAGGGAUCUACGACGUGUUGCUGGCGCUCAUCUUCCUCCAUGACAGGGGAAACCUAACACAUAACAAUGUCUGUUUAUCAUCUGUGUUUGUAAGUGAGGAUGGGCACUGGAAGCUGGGAGGAAUGGAAACAGUCUGUAACUUCAAUGAAGCCACCCCAGAGUUCCUCUGUCAUGUCAAGUCGGUACGAGACCAGUCGUGCAUCCCUUGUGAGGAGAUGUCUGCAGAUUUCAAAAUUCUGCCCAACAGCUAUGGGCACGCAAGGGAUGCCUACGCGUUUGGAACAAUGGUUGAAAAUCUCCUGACAGUCCUAAAUGAUCAGGUUUCAGCAGAUAUUCUCUCCAGCUUUCAGCAAACCUUGCACUGUACACUGCUGAAUCCAGAUCCAAAGUGUCGUCCACCACUGUCCAGCUUAGUGUCUCAUGAGUUCUUCAGGAAUGAUUUUCUGGAAGUUGUGAAUUUUCUGAAGACCUUAACACUAAAGUCUGAGGAGGAAAAAACUGAAUUUUUCAAAUUCCUGCUGGACAGGGUGGCUGGCUUGUCAGAGGAGCUGAUAGCAUCACGGCUGGUGCCUCUUCUACUCAAUCAGUUUGUGUUUGCAGAACCUGUAGCUGUCAAGAGUUUUCUUCCUCAUCUGCUGGGUCCAAAGAAAGAGCAAACUGGAGAAAGCCAGACCAGCUGCCUCCUGUCGCCAGCCUUGUUCCAAACGCAUGUCAUUCCUGUGCUGCUGAAGCUAUUUGAGGUUCACGAGGAGCACGUUCGAAUGGUGUUGCUGUCUCACAUUCAUGCCUAUGCAGAACUGUUCUCUCGGGAGGAGUUGAAAAACAUCAUAUUGCCACAGGUAUUGCUGGGCCUUCGAGAUACCAGUGACUCUAUUGUUGCGAUAACACUGCACAGCUUAGCAGUUCUCGUCUCCCUGCUUGGACCUGAAGUAGUUGUAGGUGGAGAAAGAACGAAGAUUUUCAAAAGCUCUGCGCCAAGUUUCAUGAAAACUGCUGAUCUCUCCCCUGAAGACUCCCCCAGUCAUGUUGCAAGCAAUCAGAGAAAUCAAACCUGUCGGCCCUUGAAGAUCAAUUCUAGUGUGUUCCCCAUCACUGGAAAGGUACCUGUCAAGAAGCUUUCUGUGCAGCAAGACAAUCCACUGGCUUUAAAGACAGGUGAGCAUGACACUCAGUCCCCCCUGAAUGGAAUGCCUGGAAGCAUUAAUAUGCUAGGGAGCAGCAGGAGCUCUUUGACUACCUCUGAAAAGCCAGCAGAGGAGUGGCCAGACUGGAGUGAGCCAGAGGAGACAGAGACUGAGAAAACUGUGAACAUUCAAAUUCAGCCCCGAGAGCCGCGGGGCAACGUGAGACCUUAUUUUGCUGAACAUCAUGUAGAUGAGAAGCCAUGGGAUGACUUUGAGCCCAGCAGUCCUAGUCCUGAACUGUCCUCAGGAAACUGCCUCACUGUGACACAGGCUGAUGCAGUUGAAAUGCCAAGGCCUCUGCCGGGUACCCAUCAACUGAGCAAAGAAUUCAAAAGCCUCAGACUGAGUCCCCCUGCAAAGUCCUGUCCUGGGAACAGCUGGAGCAAUGACAAGUGGGACGACCAGGAACAACUAGGAGAAACUGUGCUGCCAAAAAUGACCUUUCAGGAAAGGUUGAAGUCUUCUUCGGAGUCUGGCCUAGGAGAAGAAUUCACGAUCAAAGUGAAGAGGAAACCCACACAAGACCCUGAGCUGGACUGGUUUGCUGACAUGAUCCCAGACAUUAAACCUUCUUCAGCUAUCUUGAUUUUACCUGAAGCGAGGACAGAAGCGGUUGUUCCCAGUCACUCUGGUGUAGUAUCCAGCAGAGAAGGUGCCUCCCAGAAUGUGCUGUUUUCAUCCAAAUUUGCAGCAGCUGAUCUUAUUGAGGUAAGAAGCUAUAGGCAGUGGGGUUUAAAUGACUGCACACUUGAGAGGAUCCUAAAAGCAUGUACAUAGCACAACACACUGUUGUAGCACCAGCUGGCUCCUUAAUCAGAUGGUGGAUAACCUGAGGAAGUAUCAGCAGCAUACGACUGUACAGUUGAGUCUUUACAUGUGAAUACAAGAUGCUGAGCCCUGAAUGAUGCAUCUUACCAGGCACCAGGUAAUUCAGUGGGCCGUUACUACAGCAGCAAGAGAGCUGUGUUAAGAAACAGUGAGGGAGUGGACUUAACUUGUACACUACUAAAGGCACUGACUAAGGAGUUUUAACGUGUCCUGCUGUAUCCUGGAUGCAAGGACCCUACACUACAUUAGGGAGAGUCUUGGUUUGUUGGACAGGUAAAACAAGGCUGGAUCCUGUCUGCUGAACAGGCAUGGCUCCAUGCACAAACUGAAGGGGGCUUUUAAGCAUAGAGGAUGCUCAGGACUGAGUGUUGCUCCUGGCUCUUCUGGGAAAACCUAAUAGCAUUGUAAAUAACAGAUCAGGAACCCAGAACCCUGGAUUGUAGAGUAAAGCUUUUUGGGUGCUUUGUUUUCAUGAAAGAAUAGCUGAGACAUUUCUCUGUUUCAGACGAACCAGAGGGGUUAUAAAAUUGCCUUUUUAAGUAAGGAGGUAAAUCCCUCUAGCCCCAUCACAGACUCCAGAGACUGCUUCUGUUUCCUAGGAGGGGAGGCAGCACUCCCAACACUGCCCCCUGAACACAUAACUCCAUUAGGGAAUAGGUGUUGAUUUCAAGUUGUUUUUCUAAUUCAGUCUCAAGAGAGCUACCACAGGGGUAGCAGGUAGCAUGGGGAGAGGAGUCUUGGAUGUAAACUGAAGUUGUUUAUGAUGUUUGAAAAUGGCACACUGUUGUGAUAUCAACCCCAUUUGGGAAGGGAUUCACGCGCUGUAGUGCAGUCAGUGCUGUGGAGUAGUAGAAGAGCUGUGUCAGUGGAUGGGUGAGACCAAACUCAUAGUGUUAGAAUAAAGCAGGACAACAGCUCUUUCCUAGGGGGAAAGAAAUCAUCUAGUUUAUACCAUCCUGUUCUUAAUGGAAAGUGGUUUUGGUACAACCAGUUCUUGCUUCAAUUUUAGGAAAAAAGGACUCUCUUAGUUUGCUCUUGUCUUUAAGGUAAAGACCUUUUAACUACAAAAGGAAACAAGGUAGCUGCAAAUACUGGCACUUCAUUUUUGAAUUGUCAAAUUCGGCAUUCUGGAUGAAUGUCUUUCUUGCUCUGCCAUUGCAAGCUACACAGGCUACUGGCUGGCUCCUGUGGCUGUGCUAAGUACAGAAGUACAGUACA